AGAGAGAGAAUGGGCUUUUGGCAACUUUAAUCAUGAAAAAAAGGAAAAAGAGAAAGUAAUUCCAGCUACGUACUAAUUAACCUCAGGCACACCUGACAGGUCUUUGACCCCAUGGGAAAAGCAGCAGAGAGAGAGAGAGAGAGAGAACAGGGAAGGGCGCCAUAAAUCUCUCAUUGGCUUGGAAGGUUAUAGUGUAACAACUCAGUGAACUGGCUCUCAUCUGUGGUCUUUUCCUCCCUUCUUCUCCCUCUCCCCUCAGCUCUUCCCUUCCUCCUCCUAGCCCCACAUUGCUCUUUUUUUUUUUCCUACUGGUGUGACUGGAAAGACUAUAAGAAUGCAGCCUACUGGGUUGCAGCUGUGAUCACUCCCAUCUCUUCCUGAGAAGAGAAGAGUGAACCCAUCUCUCCCUCUGAGGUGGAAAUGAGGAAGCAUGGGUGGCAGCUUCCUUACCAUCCUCUUCAGGUGGUGGCAAUAGCUGUUUUUCUAGCACUGGGUUUUGCUUUCUAUGUGUUCUUUGCCCCUUUCGUGGGGAGGAAGCUCUUUGAGUAUGUUAUUAUUGGGCUUUACACUCCAUUGGUGACAUGCGUCUUUUGUCUGUACGCUUGGUGUGCUGCUGCAGAUCCUGGGGACCCAGGAAUUUUCAAGUCAAAGAAGUAUCUUAAUAUAGAAGACAAUGGAAAGCAAACUCAUCCCAAGAUAUCUAGACAAGGAGCUGAAUUGAUUUCCUCAAUCAAUGAAGCACAUGCUGCGACAGCAACAGGAGUUAAGCCACUUGAUAUGGACCACACUGAUGACACUGGGGGAAAAUCAUCUGACAGACCUGAAAAGAAAAAAACAUCUUCUUGUCGCAUGCAUGUUUUGAUGGUUUUGUUCAGCUGGUGCCCUCUUUCUUUUGUAUGCGGCCAGCACCAUUCACAUGAGCAUUCUUCUGAGUGGCAAACAAGUGAGGAUGGCAUGUUUUACUGCACCCUUUGUGAAGUUGAGGUGUUCAAGUAUAGUAAGCAUUGUAGAGUUUGUGACAAAUGCGUUGAUGGCUUUGAUCAUCACUGCAGGUGGCUCAACAACUGUAUAGGCAGAAGAAAUUAUCGAAGGUUCUUCAUUCUCAUGGUUUCUGCACUUGUUUUGCUUAUUCUACAGUGGUCGAUAGGAGUCCUCGUGUUGAUUCUUAGUUUUAUUGAGCGGAAGCGAUUUUCUGGAGAGAUAGCCUCAAAGUUGGGAAGCAGUUUCUCUUUAGUACCAUAUGUUGUUGUGGUGGGUUUUUGCACCUUCUUAGCAAUGGUUGCCACUUUGCCACUUGCUCAACUUUUCUUCUUCCAUGUUCUUUUGCUUAAAAAGGGAAUCAGCACCUAUGAUUACAUCAUAGCCUUGAGGGAGCAGGAGCAGCAAGGUGUUGGUGGUCAGCAGAGCCCUCAAAUGUCUCCACUCAGCUCUAUUACUGGAAUUAGCAGCGUUAGUUCCUUCAGUACACUUCAUCGUGCUGCAUUGUGCACUCCUCCACGAUUCUUUCUUGAGGAUCAGUUUGAUGUUGUUCCUCCCGAAAUUAGCAUGUCCACAACUUCUGCCAGCAAGAAGAUGGUAACAGAAGAGUCAGCAAGGAAAAGGAAUGCUGCAAAUGUUAAAAUCAGUCCUUGGACCUUGGCACGAUUGAAUGCAGAAGAAGUUUCAAAAGCAGCUGCACAGGCAAGGAAGAAGUCUAAAAUCCUGCAGCCUAUUGGAAGACAAGAGAUGCCGUUGGGGCAAGAAACAGAUACUAGCUUUGGCAGUGGCAGCAAUCGGAAGGUUAUAAAGGCUGACAAUUGGAGAAAGGCUAACAAGAGAGGUAGGAUGUCCAUUGGCAUCCCUCUAGAACCACCUGCAAAAAUAUUUGCUAGUGCUACUAAGAGUAACUGCAGUGACCUGGCUCUGGAGACAUCCAGCAAUUUUGCACCUUUGCAGCUUGAAGCACGGAAUGCUUUCCAGACAAGCCAAGCCAUGUCAUCUACUGGAAUGGUUGCAUCUUCUCCAGAUAGCAGUUUGGGCUCACCCGAUCUCCGUCUACUCCAUGUCUUUUCCUCUGCAGCCGAAGAUGCACAGGGCCCCAAAUCCUUCUCGGCAUGUGCUGCCAUCCAUAAGGGAAUCCAGCUCUCAAGAUCAACCAGUGAUGGAUAUGAAGCAUCCGGCGGUGAAGACAGUGACCAGGUUCCAUCCAGAAUUGUGCACAGAUCUGUCAAUUGGAGUAACCUGAUCUUCAACUCAGAUCAAGGUUACAUGGAAGAUAAAUUGAAAGUAUCAUCCUUGGCAAGCCUGCAAUCUGACAAGCAACUACUUUGAUCAAACAUAGUGGCUGAGGUUUGUAUAUUUUCAUUCCAUUAGGAGUAAAGAUCAUGGAAUCGCUAAGUCAGUGUUCUGUUCUGCCUGAAUGGAAUCAUUUUAGUUGGUGACUUGAUCACCAUUUUCUGUCCUGAGAUUCUGGAAAAAAGUGUUCUGUUUAAAGGCAAUAGCUCUGGUCGUGUGUAGAGUUAUCUGGCUCAGAAAUUGUGGUCCGGACUGACCAGAUGGUUUGCUAUGUUCGAUCUUGAAAACUUAGCAGUUAUUUUUCUUGCCUUUACUGUGCUGUGUCUUAUGUGUUUAUGCACCGUUGUACUCCGAAAACUUCAUUUGCCU